AUGGAGAGAAGAAGGCAACAGGAAAUGGCUCGACAGAUAGAAGAAAAACAAAAGAAGGAAAGAGAAGAAUUGGAGAGAGAGCAAGCAGCGACAAUCGCACUGGGAAAUCGAGACGAGAGGAAAAUCAAAAGAAGGAAAGAGCAGAACAGGAGAGACAGCAGAAGAGAGGCAAAAGAAGGAAAGCGGGAGGAACGAAGAGAGGCAAAGAGGAAGGGAAUCGAAGCCCCACACAAAGUAGGGAACAAAAAGAUUAAGAACUUUGCGAGGACAACCGUCUCGAAACUGGAGCGGGAUUCAGAUCACGAGAUGGAAUCGGAGAAGGAUGAAGGAAACUGA